AUGCCUUCCAGAAGCCAAUCGCUUUCGUUCAAGUUUGCUAACGACAAGAUCGCUACAUCUCAAGCAUACAGACUCGCUAAAAGGCUUCUAGAUGCAGAGAUUACCGAACAUAAAAGUGUAGCCGUGUUCUCAGAUGGUCAAAGCUCAACAUGUGACAUACCUGGAACUGGAGAUAAGGAUGAACGCAGCGUUGCUGACAAGAUGCGCCAAAAUGGCACGAAUAUUGUUAUGGUGCCCACUGGAAAACCCGCUAAUAAAACAAAUGUGGAAGAUAUUGUGGAGGAUCCCAGCAAUGUACUAGACACUAAGCACGGGAAGGACGUUAUGGCAAAACCGAAUUCCGACGAGGCCAGGGAAAUGGAAGAUCGUUUGCUUGAUGCGUUAACAAAUCCAGUGGAACUCAAGCACACUACAGCUUCUCACGAAGAGACUGCAGAAACCGAAAGCAGUGGAACUUCAACGGCAGGCGCAGAGUUUGCUGGUUUAGAUUUAUAA